AUGUCCGAGAAACCCCAAUACAAACCUGUGACGGUGGACAAGGUGGUUCCCAACACCUAUGAUCUUGGGAACCUUGCUACAUUCGAUACCAACCCCCUUGACAACGCGAAGUUGGCCGAUGAAGCCUCCCGCGAGCAAUACUUGACCGAGGUCGCCCGCGACAACUGCCAGCUUUUGAUCAACCAGAUUCUCCUGUUGCCGGUGAAGUCGACCACCGACUCCACCGCGUCGUCCACGGGGCAAACGUCGACGAUGACGCUCAUACAAUUGCCCGAACCGUCGACGCCGUUGCCGCGGGAAAAGGCGAUCCCUAAGCCCAAACCUCCCACCAAAUGGGAGCAGUUUGCGGCCAAGAAGGGGAUCAAGGCCAAGGAGAAGAGCGGCAAGUUGGUCUACGACGAAGAGUCGGGCGAAUGGGUGCCUAAGUGGGGGUACAAGGGGAAGAACAAGGCCAUGGACAACGAAUGGUGUGUCGAAGUGCCUGACAAGGUGCAGGGCACUGACAACGAGAUGGUGGACCCGAGAACGUUGGCUCGGGCCGAGCGUAAGAAGUUGAUUAAGAAGAACCUUGCCCAGCAAAAGCGUAACUUGAAGAACGCCGGGCUCUGA